GAACCACCAGCACCACCUCCCUGCACAAAGUGUGGGGAGCCAGGAAAGGAAGUGGUGUGGGACAGCCAUCUCCAGCUCUAUAGGCCUGGAGAUGGAGUUGCCUGGGAAUGGUUGGGUGUCAUUCCCAAAAUUGAGGACGCUGGGCAGGGCGAAGAUGUCCAUCCACACAUUUUUUCACUAAAGAAUUAUUUGAAAAAAGGAGCGAUCGAAUUGGUCGAAGUCCCUGAGGAACAAACUCAAGAAGGCAGUGAGGAUGCUGACAAGAGCUGUGGGAAGAAUCCGUCGGAUAUGAAGAAGGUGCCAUAUGGGAUGAAUCGACAGGUCACGCAGUCGGCCGGGGUCCACAGGAUGUUGCCAGUAGAUGCCAGAAAGACGAAUCGGCAGCUGAAGCUGCUGGCAGGGCGCUACAGAGUUUGGGUUGUUCGGGGUGCUAUUAAGCGUUUUGGUCGAGGCAGCAAGUCUGCAGCGAAGGGCUCGGGCACUCCAUCUUCAAAGACAAAGGACAUUCCAUCAGUGGGGAACCUUUUAACCUGCGAAGCCAUGCCGCGUGUUGCAUCUCGGAAGAAGGAUGAUGUCCUCUCCUCCAGUGUUGAGGCCAAUUGGUUCAAUGCUUGGGAACAUAUGGACGAGAUGCGGAAGUACUGUGCUGAUUGGCGUGGGCAUCGUUGGCUCCAGGUUUUGGACGUCUUUUCGUAUGGUAAAGGGAUGCAAGCUGUGGUGGGCACCAUGCCUUGCGCAUCCUACGACAUACGUUUAGACCGAAAGCGGCACGACAUUACCAGCCGCAGGGGAGUCUUUCUCUUGCUAGGGCUGGGAAUGUGCCUAGCAUAUGGUGGUUUGAUCACAUGUGCUCCGCCUUGUAGCCUGAGCAUUUUCCUCAGUUGCUCAGUGCAUCUCCGACAUCUUCUCGGACCUCUCGGGGUGGCUGCGCUGAGUUGCCUGCAGAUGUUCCGCACCUUCUCCCUCUUGGUUGAACAGCCAAAAAGUUCCUGGAUGUUUUGCUUGGAGGAAUUUAUCCAGCUGGCUGCGGAGCGCGGGUUGCACAAGUACCUGACGUAUUUGGGCCACUGGGCUACAUGGGUCCUCACGGACAUGGUGGGCGACAGCUUUGUUGUUAAGAUGAGCAAAAAGACCAAGAUCCGAUGCCAAAGGAAUGCGGCCAAGUACUACAAGAAGGAUUCUAAGGGAGGCAGAACCCGGGUGCACGGGAAAAAAGCACUUGGGCUGACGGCAAAGUGGCCGCGCCGAUUCUGUUUGCAAAUCUUCAAGAUUUGGAUGCAGCAAAGGAACUCAGACCAGACUCAAGCACCUGGGCCAACCGAUUUAAUUUCACCGAUUUCGCCUUCAAUCAUGCCAUCAAGCCUCUACCAGCGAUUGAAGAAGGUUCAGGUACAGGAGAAACAUGAGGGUGGCAAGAACUUUGACCAGUAUUCACUCGACCAGCUCAAGCAGAUGAAGGUGGCAUUCGGCCAAGUAGGCCGUGGCUCUACAUUCAUUCACAUGUGGGAUACAAACCAGUCAUGGGUUGGCUGGGUGGUGUCACAUUUUGAGAAGUCGCCUCAGGAGGAACAUGCUAUCUUCAUCCACUUUGUGACUCUCAUGAUUGAGCGCCUGGAGAUGAGUGGAGAAAAAGUGAAGGUUCCAGUGAAGACGGUUAUCAGUGAGGAUCUCCUCGAAGCUCGCUUGUGCCGACUCGAGAGCAUUUGUGGCUUGGAGCCAUUGACUCAUGUGGACGAGGUGCUAGCGAGGCAGACAAACAACAAGGCAAGGUCUGAGCUGAUGGUCAGCAAGUUUGGGCGAUGGGCUGGUGUGCUAGCGAGGCAGACAAACAACAAGGCAAGGUCUGAGCUGAUGGUCAGCAAGUUUGGGCGAUGGGCUGGUGCCGGUAAGGGCCUUGAAUCACAUGAGGUGCUAGCGAGGCAGACAAACAACAAGGCAAGGUCUGAGCUGAUGGUCAGCAAGUUUGGGCGAUGGGCUGGUGUGCUAGCGAGGCAGACAAACAACAAGGCAAGGUCUGAGCUGAUGGUCAGCAAGUUUGGGCGAUGGGCUGGUGCCGGGAAGGGCCUUGAAUCAAUGAGGUUACCAAUAACCAUUCCAGACCCCAUCAUGUGGGGAUAUGGCUUAACUUUGGGAGACUUCCAGUCAAGGGUGCUAGCGAGGCAGACAAACAACAAGGUGCUAGCGAGGCAGACAAACAACAAGGCAAGGUCUGAGCUGAUGGUCAGCAAGUUUGGGCGAUGGGCUGGUGCCGGGAAGGGCCUUGAAUCAAUGAGGUCUGAGCUGAUGGUCAGCAAGUUUGGGCGAUGGGCUGGUGCCGGGAAGGGCCUUGUGCUAGCGAGGCAGACAAACAACAAGGCAAGGUCUGAGCUGAUGGUCAGCAAGUUUGGGCGAUGGGCUGGUGCCGGGAAGGGCCUUGAAUCUAUCAGGUUGCCAAUAACCAUUCCAGACCCCAUCAUGUGGGGAUAUGGCUUAACUUUGGGCGGCGUGAGUUCUCGUGAUCUCUUGGCGUGGGGAUUGCGCUGCAGCAUGCCAAACCAGUGGCUGGAGUUUCCAGAUGUGCUGCUCUACUGUUACUCCAAGAACGUUCCCUUGCAGAUCCUCGUGUGGCACGAAGGCCACAUGAGUCGUGAAAAGCAAGUGCAAGAUGGAAUGAAGUUUGCAAGGGAGAUCUUGGGCUCUGCAGAUGGAGGUGAGGCUGACGAAAACCCUUGUGGUGACCCUGAGAAGAGCCAGCGUGUUGGCAUCUUGUGUGCUGCAGACUAUGCUGGUGAUGUGGGCAUCGAGCGCUGUGUGCACUGGGUCCCUGGUUGGCUUCGAUCAGCCGAUGACCCUCCAGACCUUUUCGACCAGUUGUGCAAGGACAGCGAGUGUGCAAUGCAGAAGAGGAUUGAACAGCUGGGGAGCCCACCGGCAGAUGCAUCAAAGAGUGAGGAGGCCUAUGUCAGAAAGGUCGCACAUUCUGAGGAGGUGGACAGGAUCACAUCGAGCCACCACAACCUCACCCAGAUGCAGUUGGCUCUAUGGAAUGAUUUCAGAAUUGCAGCCAAAGGAACAGUCGGAGACGGAAACUGUGGCAUUGAAAUGCUGUUGUCUUUCAAUGAGAACACUCCUGUGACACAGGGAGAGAUGGCAUCAAGAGGAGACAUGCUGGACAUCAUCACAGCAUACCGGAAAGAGCUCCAGCGGCUGUGGCAACAAGUGAGUGAAUUGGAGUUCUGGCAGGAUCUUUGGCAGAAAUGCGUGGGCAAUCGAGUCAAUAUGGAUCAGUGGAAGGAGUUGCUCCAGCCAGCGCCAUGCACCCCAAUAGCUACCCCACCUCGGGGCGAGAGGAAGCAGAACAGAGAAGCUUCAGUGACACCGCCGAAGAGCUUUGCUCCUGGCAAACUUCUUGCGAUCGGGGAAGGCGAGCCAGAGAUGCAAGAAGUUGUUGUCGAAGCAGGAGAACCCCCGCAGAAGAAGGCGAAGCCUACAGGGAAACCGAGAGCUCCAUCUGAAGUCAUCAAGUUUGAAAACUACUUCCCCAAGUUCCUUGCCGAGAGAGGCUUGACCUACCGAGAGUGGAUCUCAGAGCACAAGAGAACUGGGGUGCACUUGCCGCGUGGCAAAGAAGUUUGCCCCACGGGCUUUUGGCACGACUUCUUGGACAUAGUAGUGGCUCGUUCAAGGAAAGGGCAAGAGCCGGGGGCCAAGGGCGCAUGGCCAUCUGACUGUGCCACAUGCCAAUCAACCUUGGAGCGGCGCAAGCUGGGCCAUUCGGAGCUUAUUGCUGGUCUUGCUGCUGUCCGACAGCAAGUGGACAAGGAUUUGAAGAUUUUGGAGACCCAAGGGCGAGUGCCUUUGAAGGCAUUGAAGCGCAAGGUCCACCAAUUGGAGAGCGAUCCAGCAGCCAGCACACCUGCCAAAGGCAUCAAGGCUGAGCGUGUCAAGGUAGAGGUGAAGAGUGAGCCGGCAGGCACUGCUGGUCAAUUGGUGAAAGUAGAGAAAGCAGAGCAACCCAAUCCCGGUCCUGGAGAACAGCCGGCACCAGCGGAGGAAGAGCCGAUGGAAACCACCAUGGGCCUGAAAGAACUCCUAGCUUUUCAUCGGUUGACAAAGUUGGAGAAGAACUCGAAUGGGAAAAAAUUCCCUGUCGAGUGCAAGUACUGCAACUGCAUCUUUGAAGGACGAAAUCGAGCCAAGGUGGCGCAACACACCAACGGUUUGGAACAUCGUCGAAAGUGGACAGCAGAUGUUUACGGAAGUAGCCUUCAACCUUUGGCUGAUGUGAGUCCAAUGGAUGAAGUGGCUAGGGGUGUGACCAAAGGCACUUGCAAAGGACUGCGCCUCUUGUCAUCUUUUGGGCAAAAGACACGGCUGGGCUCAUCAAUGCUCCCGGUAUGGCAAGAGUACAUCAAGUACGCCAACCUGAACAAACCUGACGGGCCUGCUGGCAAUGCCUGCCAUUCAGUGACGGCACUUUGCAACACUGGUGAUUGGAUUCUUAGAUCAGCCAAGUGCAAGAAGGACAAUGUUGUAGUGCAUGUUGAUGGAGAUGACCAAGUGUGUGAAGAAUGCUGCAGCCUGGGUAGCCAGCAACGAUACCUUCACAAGGUGUCGGCAUUUGUCCAUUCCAUGGACGAAGGAAGGCUGCUGUACCACCGAAUGUUUGCGGAGGAGACACUGGAAGAGUUCCUGGUUGGGUUGAGGGAGUCCGCCAACUACCAGAACCGAGCAAGGUGUAUGUAUGAGGCUUCAAUUGCCAAGGAUGCAGAAUCACUGCAUCAUCGUGUUGGCUGCGUUUGGCGUGGGCGCAUGGGACAGGAGAAUACAGAAGCGAUGAACCUCUUCUUUGCCCAAUUCAUUCAACCAUGCUUGGACACAGAGCCAGGGCAUCCUGUUCAGCACAAGGCAAUCGAGCGACUCAUGGCUUUCAUGAUGAACGAUCCCAACACUUCUUCUUUGGAUGCAACUUUGGUGAAGAGCAUUAUCACCGGCAAGCUCAACAGGCACCCUGCCAUGCAGGGAGUCUUGGUUGGAUGCAUGGCAAAGUUGAGAAACUGGGAAGAAGGCAAGAGCACAAUGAGAAACCGCUAUAGAGAAGAAAGUGAGAGGCAAUUGCUGAUACAGGCGGGUGCAGAACUUUCAGCCAAUGGAGCGAACCACCAGGCUCUAGAGUUCUUCGGACUUCAGUGGAUUCACCGAAAUGAGUGGAGAGGGUGCUUAGCCAAGAUUGAAAGUUUGGGUCUACCAGUUCAUACUGCACCAGACAGUCCCAGGAUCCAGCAGAAUGACCAUGUCAUCUCGUGCCUUUUUGGAAGGUCAGACGAUUGCCCGCAGAGGCGCUUGGUAAUGUGCUUCGACCGCACAUACAUCACUGCAUGCAGCCAACUGGCUACUACAAUGAAAGGACACGUCAUGCUGGGUGGUGCACACAGGCCUGAGAAGUUCGAGGUCCCAGACGAGUCUCAAGCAGUUCUCCGCAGCCCUUCUGGCGAAGUCACAAAGGUGGUGCUCAAGAAGAACCGGACUCUGGCAAACGACAUGGAGGCAUGCAUCAUCUGGGAUUGCACCCGAAAGAAGUCCCCAACGUUUGAGUUGGCAUCUUAUCCAUGCUGUUCUGCAGCAUGCCGUGACCAACGGUUUGAAGAAGCAGCUGCAGACCUUCGGAAACGAGGCAACUGGGAAGUGUUAUGUCGAAUGGGCGAGGUUUUGAAAGCAAGUCCCAGCAUCAAACAUGUGAUUGCCGACGCACAUGGGUCCCACCAAUUCUUGGGCCGGUGGCUGCUGGGCCUUGAGGUUGCCUUGUCUGACGAACUGAAGUCAUUGGUGCCGUUUUUUGGUGAACUGAAAUUUCAAGACCUACCCAUGUGCUGCUUCCCCAUUGGAGCCAGAGUCGCGCUCUUCCAGGGCGAAAGCAUUCAUUGGUGGCCUGGUCCUGCACACAUGCAAAAAAAAAUUGUUUCUCAAUUGAGGAGCUGCCUGGGCACGGUCCACUUUGGCAACAAGUGGUGCGAUCACAGCUCCGCGCUCGAGUUGGGCCUCUUCCCGACAUCAUACAUCGGGACAGACACGAUGUCGGACAAGCAGGCAGCGCUGUGGCUGUCACCGGCCAACUUUGUCUUCGAUCCGAACGACACCAGGCUGCAGGUACCUUGGUGCCUGCAGGGCUCAAUGGUGCUGUCAUUGGUUGGUGCGCACAUACAGGCUGCACUGCUGCAUUCUGAUCUCGAUCUGCAAUUGCGGCUGGAGACUGCGAUGACAGGAUUGUUGAUGUUGGACUUCGGUGAGUUGAUGGCCAAGGAGCGAGCCAGAAGGACUGGCUGCAAGCUGCGUGAUGUGUGGCUUGAUGCAAGACCAGCACGAAUCAUGAGGCAUGUCGCCUGCAGCGUCAUUGUGGCUUGCUGGGCAUGCAAAGCUCCGCUAUGCUUCGAGCGGCUCACGGAGCGGAACCUUGAGAAACGAUUUGGGCGUGUGCGAUCCUACUACCCGAAUGCUGCCAUGAGUGUAGGUGACUAUUGGAGAGCAAGUCUCCACUGCAUGCAGCGAGAGUUCACACAAUGGCAGGAGAAGCAACGUCCUCACCAGGCCGUCCCAAAUGAGGGCAUGACCCAAAACACGUUCUGUUCCACAGCAUCCAGAGCUUUCCAGGCAGUUCUCAAACUCUCGGCAAUGUGUUCAGACAAAACACGCGCCGAUCUCCAAGCGGCCUUCAACAUGUCCUGUGCUCAUGCACGUGGUGCUCAUGAUGAUCCAGAUUCAGAAGAAGAAGGUGAUGUGCAACAGCAGGAAGUUCCAGCACCGGAGGUUUCAAGUGUCUUCGAACGCAUCAGAGCAAGCCAUGCAUUCCAAGAGGACCCUGAAGCAGCGAAGGUGAAACCUUCAGAAGGCAAGAAGCCCGAAGAUCCAAAACUAGCUGAUGCCACUGAUGAAGUGAUCCGGCCAGUUACCACUUCUGCCAGCGAACAGAAACAUGCAGGGUUCAGGCUUACUUCAGGGAAAAAGACCCUGGGUGAGGCAUUGGCUGGUCAUGAGAACCUUGAGUCAGCAAUGGGAGAUCUUUGGCGACUCCUGUGGUUUCUCCGCAGUGGUGAAGCUGGCUCAGAUGUGGAAGUGCUUCCCAAGCCGAUGUUGAGCAGGCAGAGGGUGUUGCAUCAGCCACAGAAGUGGCAGAAUUUGGUGCAGCAUCAAAUCUCCCUCCUCGAUGCUGAUUCCAAGGCCCCAGCUGUUCGUCAAGGGCGCCAGCAAGCAUGGAUCAAGCACAUGGAGAAGACUCGUGCAGAUCAUUGCCCUACACUCCCAGAAAAUGUCACAAUCGACCGUGGAGAUGUUGUGGCAGUGCGGAUGGGAAAGGAAUGGGUUCCUGGCCUGGUGAUGAGCAUAUGGCGCAGCUUCAAAGGCUUGUGCUUGGAAGAAGGCUCUGAGAAUGUCUACAGGUGCAACUCGACCAGCCUCUGCAGCAAUGUGAAGUACGAUGCAGUCGGGCUGAAGCUGGUCGGGGAAAGACUCACAGGAAUUGAUGGAGCACGUGUGAAGCUUGAUGAGGCGAGCAGAAAAGCUUUGAAGGCGUUGUCUGAGAUGAACAUUGAGUUGGGGGACCCAUCGGACAAAACAAAGUCCACGCCAAUGCCCAAAGCCAAGUUGGGCCCCAGAUUCAUUGUUCCGAUUGUGGACAACUUCAGGCGCACCAAAAAAGGACGCAAACUCAUCGUGCAGGAAUGCUCCAAGUUGCUCACCUCACAGUCCAAACGCUUUCCUGCAAAAAGCAUGUUGGACUUGGAUGGAAAAAUCAUCAGCUGGAAAUUCAACGGUGCGGAAGGCAAAAUCAGCCUUGAUGAAUUUCUUCUCAAAGCCCCACAUGUCAUCGACAAUUUUUUUGUGCAAGUGCGACGGAAAGUGGACUACGGUGCCAAAGUUCACACGUGGCUCACGAACAUUGAAAAGGAGAUGACUCAGUCCUACCGAUUCAGACAGCUUCAGGAACUGGUGUGGACGGUUUCUGUGACGCAAUUGGCAGCCACCAAGGGAUCCAAGAAAGCUUUUGAGGACCAGAAAGAUGCAGAAGAAGAUGCCGAGACAGACAACUACGCCGAGGAGGAUGGAGAGGAGUAUGGCUCAGCUGAGGAGGAUGAUGGCCCUCUGGAGGCAGAGCACGCAGAAGACUCUGAAGAGUCUGAUUCUGACUAA